CUGGAUCUGAAAAUUAUGCUUUGAGCUUAAAACUGCCACUGAUUUGUCAAUACAUUUGUCUUCAGUUUAUCAACGGCAUCGUGACAUCAGCACAUAUAACUGUAAGAGACCGACACAAGGCCCAGGAAAUAACAUCCAACCUGACAGACUUCAUGCAGAGGUAUAAAGAGUUUCAUGAAGACAUCAUAAGGCAGAACAAACGGCACAGCAAAGCUUUCAUAAAGGCAAACCUCAGCUGUGUCGAACAGUUCAGGGACUUCUUUGAGAAGCACGAUCUGUUCCCAGAGGAUGUGCAGAAAAACUGUUUGCAGGUCCUGACUGAGAUGAAACAGUCUGCCCACACUUAUUUAUUAACUCCUGUGCACAAGAUCCUCAAACCACACUACCAGAAGGUGGGAACCAGUGACUGGCUGAAGAAGAACACGUUUGAGAAGCUGCUGAACAGCACUGAAGACGAGCUUCAAGAACUUCAGGGUUCGAGACAGUCCUCUUACCAGGAGCUGAUUGGUCGGCUUCAGCAGGAAGUGACAGUGGAAUAUGUCCAGAGGCUCCUGAAAGGAGAGGUCAAACUGAAGGACAGCAAUCAGCAGCAGAAGGCUUACGAGACUGUGCAAGAAAAUGGAGAGAGACUGCACGAGCUGUUUGCCAGAAUGGGAUCCAAACAAGACUGGUUAAAGGAAAUCCUGACCAAGAUUGCAGAAGUGCUAAAACUCCAAGAUAUUCCUGCCAUACAGAUGCAAAUCGUUUCACUGGGAUCUGCUUAUCCCGACCUCAGGUAACUUUUGAAUUGACUCAGACAUUAUUUACUUUAAUACAGAAACAUACAGAGUAUAACUCACACAAAUGUAAUGUGCUCUCGU